AUGUCAUAUGACACAUUUAAGCUUGCUGCACGUAAUAGCUUAGAUGGCGGUCUGAAGGAGGGAACUCUUGCGGGUACGACUGAUACCUUGUCCUUCGUUGGGUACAUUGCGAUCAGGCUGGAGCCCGUAGUGUACGCAUUGUAUGUACAUCAUCGUAUCAAACUCACUGCCUAUAUGGAAACUGGAUGUGUUCACACUGCUUCACUUGAAGCAGAAGGCACUGAGGUCCUGGUCUACAUUCUAGAGAAUGCUCUUCCCACUGCAAUCUUAGAUUUGCCUGCCCUGUGGACUAGGCAGGGCCACGACAGGAAAAUACAGGUCGUUUAUGAUGGCCGGGUUGAUUUAGCUAAUUAUCAUACCAUCAUUCAUUGGGCCGACUAUCCGUCAGGGUACAACAUGCCCGUCUUCCAAUUUUCUGGUCACUGUGGCAUGUCUGAUGUCUUUUCGUCUGCAUCGGCAAACAAUGCUUCAAUCUUCGGUUCUUGGAUAAUGUCCAAUGCCCAUGUGACAUCGGAAAACGAUGGUAGUCUCAGCGCCCAUCCCAAUUAUGGAGGACCUUAUUCUGCUCAUUCUGAUUCUCACCACAACUCCGAGUCCGCGCCUGCGCCUGUUAUCCCCAUCGCCACUGCUACAUCCACAGAUGCCGACCACUUGACGGGUGUAAUGCUAAAAUACUCAAAGUGGAGGCUGGUCUUGUCCUAUCUGCGGCUUUUGAUUAGAUUGGCGAUUUGUAGAGGCGAAACCGGGAACCCUCAUUUUAUCACCACGGCUCCACUCGAGACAAAAGCUGCCUUGAUACACCGCCUUUUCACUGAGAGUCUCCUUCGUGCCAAUAUAAGUGCCGUGGAGUUGGAACAAGUUUCCACUAGCGAUGGUAGGAUCAUAAGUGAGAACGAUAUCCUCGUGAUGGCAGGCCCGCAUGUGGCCUUUCAGACAAUCAAUCAUGCUCGAGCAGGCUUUGGGCUACACGAUAUUUUCAGUACCCUGCUCAAAGCUAGGCUUGAGCAUCUGCUAAGCCACUUCAUGCGACCACAGUCUUCACGUCUUCCAUUCGAUCAAAACGGAUUGGUUUGGAUCUUCCGCACCAGGUGUAUCAAGUCUAUCCUAUGGCACACUGCGUUUAGGGUGACCAUAUCGGCCGCUGCUACCGUUGCCACAACCCCUGGCUUACCGAUGAUCAUGGCUGAUCUUGAGCCCGCAGUGUUUAGGCAUACUUCUGUCCUACCCAUGGAAACUCUAGCCUUCAUAGAGUCUCUUUGUUACGUGUCCCUCUUUCGAAAGCUAGAGAGCGUUGUGGCCCAAAUUCCCGGUGCUACCUUUGAUCAGCCAUUCUAUCCACCUGCAAGCACGAUUUAUGACGAGGCCGUUGAAACACUCAACAUAAUCUUGCCACUGGACUCAGACCCAGGACACCCCGCGUUUAUGACCUGCAUGGCCUUGUUGUGUGAUAUCGCGAAUUUGUCAUGCAGUCGAAUUGUGGGAAUAUAUUUCAAGCACCCCACUUUUGACAUGUUGAUGACCUGUCCCUCUACACCUUCGAAAGAGCUCUUCCUCAAAAUUGAGGACACUGAGGAUGCCAUAGAAUCUUGGCUCCAGACACAUGGUCUCGAAAUUCUUCCAUAUUCCCUCUUUGUCACGGCUUCUGUGCUGUUUGGUUUGGUCGAUUAUCAUGAUCUCAUGGUUCUCCUUGAAAUCCAACUCCAGCAAGCAGAGACGAAUCCCUCGGUAUUCCCUCCGCAAGGAGGGCGUUGUUUUAUGGAGGAAAGGAUGCAUCGUGCUCAAACAGAAAUCUCAUUAUUUAGUACAGCUAUUGUGAACUUGUGUGAAUUGAUGAACACUAGAGCAAUUGCCCCAAAAUUGCUGCCUCCAGUGAACACUUCCUACACUGGAGCAUACCAAACUCCUAGUUCGCUCAAUUGCAAGCGCUUUCAGCCUACAAAGGAAACCCAGGACAAAUGCCUCGCAUGGCUAAUUAUGUCAUCGCCUUUUCAAGACACUAUGGAAGUAGGUUCUGACGUCAGCCAAAUAACCCCUGAGUCUCCUCGUCGUCAUCAAUACCCCCUAAGGCACGACGACCAACUUCUCUCUCUGCCUCGUUUGACAAAUGCAUGGAUCGAUAACGUCAAAUUGGGUACAUAUAUGAUCGCAUCUUACGCCAAAACCGACGAGCCCCUACCCACCGAUACGAGCAACGCGUUCACGCGAAAGGAGGACAAAACACCAGAUGAGCUUAUGUCUGUUUUCCAUAUCUUGGAUUUGAAGAAGCAGCGGGCACAGGCGGAGGUAGACAUGUUUUCUGAAGCUAUUGCACUCAAUGCUGAGUUGGAGUUCACUGAUGAUGGUACGUCUUCGGGGAAGGCUACGAUGUAUGAAACACAUCUGCACAAUGAUUGGUUCAAUGAUUGGUUCUCGACUUCAUCUGCUCCUUCUGAUGCCUCUGACAUCCUGCAACACUCUCAGUUGUCUACCGUAACUCUCACAUUUGUAUUGGUGUUGCGCAUCAAUUGGUUACUUAAGAUGCAUUCAGAGCAAUCAGACAAAUUAUGUGUUAAAGAAAGUGAUCAGAGCAUAUCGAUUCCAAGACAAACGAAUUGGAUGGUAACGAUGUCGAAGUUCCCCGUGAUGGAAUCAUCACCCUACGUCUCCCCGCCGUCCAAGUUCCUCUCCCUUGGAUCACAAACGUCAAUACUAAUUGACGUGGAAUGUGGGAUACGUACCGGUCCGAUAAUCUCACUGGAGGCGAACGAAUUGGAUGGUAACGAUGUCGAAGUUCCCCGUGAUGGAAUCAUCACCCAACGUCUCCCCGCCGUCCAAAUUCAUAUCCCUUGGAUCGCAAACGUCAAUACUAAUCAACGCGGAAUGUGGGUACAGAUUGUGACGCCCUUCCUCACGACACCGCUAUGUACUCUGGAUUUCCGGUACUACAGUCUUCUCCUCCAUGGCAUCGACCAGCACAUUACAACAGACGUCGACGCUUGGGCAGAGGGUGUCGCUGAACUAACUCUUUCUACUAGCGGCAAUCUUAUCAUCCCCUCGACUUCCUUCUCUUCACUUCCCAACUCACAAUGUCCCUCGGCUUCAGAGGCAUCGUACUGCGUCUCAUCAAGUAUCAUAUUACUACCAAGAAACAACUCUAACUUCCACCUAGAUCCUCCGCGCCGUAACACCUGCCUUCGGUUGUUGGGAAAUUCGCUCACCCCACUGCAUAUUAUCAAUGGGAAGGUGCUAGAGGGUGAAGCUGGCAUAUUCGGUUCUGAUCCAAGUUCAGGCUUCUACGCAACUUUCUGUGCGAAGGCGCUGUUAUUCGCUCACUCGUCGAACUUGGCUUGUUUCGCAGCUGUAGAAGUCCGUAUGGAAGGCAAUUAUAGAGCUGGUGUUGGACGCGUCGGGAGGGAGAGUGAAGAAGUCGUGUUUUAUGACAGGCGCAUGCGAACGAGAUAUCCUCACGAGAACGUAUUUGCGAUUUAUCAAACAUGUCAAUUCGAUAUACAAGAGAAUGAAGACGUGGAUGAGUAUCGCUCGUCCUCAGGUCCUCCCGGGAGUAGGAUGAGGGUGCCAAGUACUGUUAGGCCUAGUGGGAUCGGUGUUGCGCUCAACCAAAUCUUCUUGGAGCCUACGACUAUGUACGCAAAAGUUCAAGUUAGUCAGUAA